CUCUGCUGGCCUCCUGGUCCUGCCUGAAGCAGAAAGUCUACCACCCACCUCUGUAGCAUCAAGACUUCUGUUCUGUGGCUAAGCUUCCUGCCUAUGCAAUAGCAGCUGGGAGGGGCCAAAUACAUUCUACUGGGGCCACACCUCCUGGAAAAGAUAUAAAUAGUGAUGCUUGGGACUGGUUAUCGGAGCCACUCUGCCUUCACCAUGAAGUCCAGUGGUUUCUUCCCUUUCGUGGUGCUCCUUGCUCUGGGAAUCUUGGCCUCCUGGACUGUGGAAGGAGGUAAAAAUGAUGCUAUCAAAAUCGGAGCCUGCCCUUCUAGAAAGCCUGCCAAAUGUCUUAGGCCAGAGAAACCACAGUGCAAUACUGACUGGGAAUGUCCAGGGAAGAAGAGGUGCUGCCAAGACAGAUGCAGCACGAAAUGCAUCGAUCCUGUUCCCAUUCGCAGGCCAGUGAUGAAGAAGCCUGGGAAAUGCCUCAAGACAAAAGGAAGGUGUCUGAUGCUUAACCCUCCCAAUAAGUGUGAGAGGGAUGGCCAGUGUGAUGGCAACUAUAAGUGUUGUCCUGGCAUGUGCGGGAAAAUCUGCGUACCCCCAGCGUAAGCCUGAUUCCUGACAUUUGGAGACAGCGCUGGACUCACUCUGUGUGGUCUGGAAAUGACUUCUCUGCUCCCUGGCUCCCCUGCUUUCUGCUCCCCAGCUCCCAGGC